CUCACCAAGCCAACACCGCGACAGCACCGAUCUUGAAUCUUCCAAUCUCUCUCUCUCUCUCAUAAUGGCGAGGACGAAGCAGACAGCUCGCAAAUCGACGGGAGGGAAGGCUCCUCGGAAGCAGCUGGCGACGAAGGCUGCUCGGAAGUCGGCACCGGCGACCGGCGGAGUGAAGAAGCCCCACCGGUUCAGGCCGGGGACCGUGGCGCUUCGCGAGAUCCGCAAGUACCAGAAGAGCACGGAGCUUUUGAUCCGGAAGCUCCCGUUUCAGAGGUUAGUGCGCGAGAUCGCUCAGGACUUCAAGACCGAUCUGCGGUUCCAGAGCGGCGCUGUGGCGGCUCUCCAGGAAGCUGCCGAGGCAUACUUGGUAGGUGUUUUUGAGGACUCCAAUCUCUGCGCGAUUCACGCCAAGAGAGUCACCAUCAUGCCGAAGGAUAUUCAGCUUGCGAGGAGAAUCCGCGGAGAGAGGGUUUAAUAUGUUUUAUGUUUUUUGGCCGUUUGGGGAUUUUAGGUUUCUUUUUGGGUAAGGGUGCGAAGGAUCUGUGCUGUUUGGAUGCCUAAUUGUUCCUAAUUAUCGUAUGGUGUUGUGAAAGAAAUCAUGAGCGCACACAAACAUUGUUGAAUAUCAUAAUCAAAAGCUCUUCCAAUUCCCCCCAAAAGAAUGCAAUUUACAACUUCAAAAAUUAAAACAAGUGGAUAUGCAU